GACAUUGUUAACACGGAUAUACAACAAACAUUUUAAUGUCACAAAACUAGUUGAUAUCGAGAGAACAGCAAACCGUCACCCUAUGUUAUACUUUGACAAUCAUGCCAUCUCUGGAUUUAAACAUAAAGCAGAGACAACACAUGAACAUAUUGCCAAAGACCUACAGAAAGCUAGAUAUGACAUCCUCAAAUGGAAAGAAAGAACCAUGCCUCCUGGGAAAUACUCUAAAUUCGCCGGAUCCUGGAAUGAGAUUUAUGGGAAUGUUUUGCCUCCUUUGGCCAUGUAUCUUUUAAUCUAUCCAGAUGAUGACAAGGCCUUCACAUUCAUCCAGGACUCAAUGGACCAACUGACCAAAUACCCUGAUUGGUUGGUACAGGCUAUGUCUGCGGAUGAGGUCCCGAUAUCGCACUCUCUUAUUGGCUAUGCUACAGUAUUUGAUUUUCUUUAUGACAGAUUCGAUGCCCAGCGUCAGCAAAUGUAUUUAAAUAAGAUCAUCAAUACGACAAGAGAUAUGUAUCAGAAAUCACAUCGACGCUUUUGGGGCAAGUCUUACAUUCAGAAUCAUGUAGCAUCCAACAUGGUUGGCCUCCUAACUGGGGCUAUAAUCGCAUCAGUACAUACACAAGAAGCUAAUCAAUGGAUAAAGGAAACAUUGACACUCCUUGAGGGCAACAUGUACUUACUGGAUUUGAUAAGAGAUGGCUCUCUCAAUGAAGGAGUAUCAUACGGGGCAUACACAACUCGGACAUUGACCCAAUACCUGUUCUUGGUGAAGAGACAUUUUGAUAUUGACCAUAGCAAUAAUUCAUGGCUCAGAGAACACUUCUGGUUUUACUUCUCAACCUUAUUACCUGGAUUCAAAGAAAAUGUAGCUAUAGCAGACUGUAAUAUAAACUGGUGGUAUGGGCCAGAGAGUCAAUUGACAUAUCUAGAUAGUUUUGUGUUGAGAAAUGGCUGGGGUAAUUGGUUGGCAGGAAAAAUCCGGGCAGCGAGGAAACAUGGUGUAUCACCUGGAGUCAAUCAGCGCUGGACUACCCACCAUACGGAAUUUCUAUGGUAUGAUCCAUCCAUAAAUGCCACCCCUCCCAUCAAAAAUGACAUCCCCUCUCUUCGCAUAUUCCCAGAUUGGGGGGUGGUCACUUAUGGAGGGGGACAGGACCUCAAAGAUGGAGCAACAUUUCUUUCAUUCAAAUCCAGUAAGCUUCAUGGUAGAGUCGUUUCAGCCCUUGUUGAAAAACAACAUAAAGGUUUAUCCUGGGCUAAUUUCAACCCAGGGCACGAACACCCAGACCAGAACUCAUUUGUGUUUGCCCCUAAUGGAAAACUACUUGUCACUGAUGGAUUGUACUCUAUGAAGUGGACCUAUACAAAUAAUGUGAUGAUGUUCAGUCCAUCAACAGCCAGCAAAUGUAGCAAGCCAUGGGCAGGUCAGAUUCAGGACUGUGCUAAAUGGUUGGAAUAUCGACCAGUCAAAGGAGUGACAGAAUGGAUGGAUGCUAAAAUAGUAUUUGUGAGCCAAAUGCAGGGUAUGCUGUACAUCGUAGGAGAGGCUGCAAAAGCAUACCCUAAAUCUCUAAAGCUCAAAUCUGUUGCUAGGCAUCUGUUGUUACUAAACAGUCAGCUUCUUCUGAUAUCCGAUCGUGUAGAAGUUGCCACUGACAGCUCUUUGACCCAUUGGAGUACAUACUUCAAUAACUAUCAAAAUAAAUUCCAACCAUUCAAUGACUUUAGUCACAAAGGAGCCAAAAUGGUCAUCGAUGAUGAAGAGUAUCGAAUCAUUGUUAAAGUGGCAGAUUCAGAGAACCAACCAGAUGUGAACAUAACUGAAGUAGUGACCUCUCAAGGAGUUAACAUAAAAAGGUCAUUGAGCAACCUCAACAUAUCGAGCAAUCUCCAGGGCAGGACAACAGAUGUCUUCUACAUACUCCAUUCUCCAAGCAUCACUUUAAAAGAUGUCCAAAUAAUGCCACACUCAGAUUCAAAAACUGAGAUUAAACUUAAGGUAAAUGAUGACAAUACCCUGAUAUCAAUAUCACAUGGCACUGAUGGCUCAAAUCGUGGAUGCGUCGUGCAUUUACAUGAUCCAGCUGAUAAAGUGGUGUUUACCAACCAAUAUGACCCAUCAUUUGAUUUAGAUAAGAUCCUUCAGCAGAAUACACCUCCUGAACAUACAAAUGCAGCAAAUGACGAGAAGUUGCAAAGGCACAUAAGAGAUAUGCUUGAAAAAAAGACUGAAAUGAGCAGUGAUAUAGUGACAAGAAAAAGUGAAAAGAUUGACCCUACAUUAACUGAAAACCUUACACCAUAUGAAAACACUGAAUGGAACCAUGUUUAUAACUUAAGUAGAGCAGUUGAGGAUAUGCAAAAUUUAAGCAAAACAACCUCCAAGCAAACUGUUCAGUUAUUUAUAAUACUAAAUGGUUUCGUUGCUGCGUUCGGGAUCUAUUUCCUUUAUAAGAACAUUCGAUUGUUACGUCUAAAGAGAUAUUUUAUAUUCUAGUUCUGUUUUUAAAACAUAUUGUAUUGUAAACAUAGUAAAAUUAAAAGCAAUGUCAUUUUUCUGUUUAAUUUUCAAAAUUGAAUUUCAAGAAAACCUAUGUUCAGUAUUUGAGAGGUCUUUCCAGCUUAUAUUUAAAUGACAACUCAAUAAUUUAAUAAAUUUAUUACCAUUUUAGUGUACCAUUGUAGGACAAUUAAAUAUUGAUAUAGCUCUCCAUUCUUUAAGUUAUGCAAAUAGUUUAUUAUAUAACUUUCUCUUCCAUUUUU